UCGAAUGGUGGAAUGAGAGGAGGACAAAGCACGCAUCAUUUGGACCUGCCACUCACCUUCAGUCGAACCCCCACCAUACGGCAUUCUCAAAUUCGUUCUCAUGCCAUGUCAAAUUCAUCUUCAUUUUCCAAUGUAGUCUCGAGUCUAGUGAGAGCGCAAAUGGGCUCCUCUGUUACGGCCAGCACGCUCGACGAGGAAUUGGACAGACGAGUUGCAGAAUUGAUACUCAAGGAGGCUCGACAGAAGGAGGAACGGAAUGGAAAUGCCGCGAAAACAAACAAGAGGUUCCUCGCAUCUAUCAUUAAAAGUACAGAUGAACACAACAAGACCGUGUUACGCGCUCAGGCUGAAGCCGCUUCUGAGGUCAAACAACAACGCGAACGUCAAGAGCGCGAGGAACGAAUGAGGCGAGCUCAGGAAGCUGUAGCAGCAAGAACUGGUACUUCAAGUUCAUCUUACCGUGGGGACUCGUGGGAUUCAAA